AUUUUCUCUGACUUGGGAAAGUAAGGAUACAUUAAAUGAAUAAAUGUAAUAAGAAAAAGACAAGAGGAGGAAGAAGAAGAAGAAUCAGAUAGAGACGAAAAAAGGAGUAAUAAUCUUUUUUUUUCUUUUUCUUGGAGUUGGAGUGGGUCUUUUCUCUCACACAGGUCUCUCUCUUCUCAACUCUUCCCAUGUUGUUUCGCUUCUUCUGUAAGAUUUCUGUAAGUUAGUUCCCUCAGAAAAUUCUCCAUUCUCCAUUUUCCUGCAAUCCAAUAUCUUUAUCUCCAAAGAUAAUGGCCCAGCAGAUCUCAGAUAUAUAGAAGAUCCCUCUUCUUUUGGUCCACUUUCCCUUGUUUACAUUUUCCCGAGAAAACAAAAAGAAAGCUUUUUUGCUUUUUUUUCUUUCUUCUCUGCUUUCCCAGCUUUCAAGCUUCUGAAGUAAAAGAACGAAGCUUUGUGUUAAAAUCUCAGAAUUUUGAUUAUUCUUCGGAUUGAAAAAAACUGUUCCUUUUCCUAAAGAGUGUGAAAGUGAAUGAAGAAUGCAGCAGAACAGCUUUUUCCUUGGGGUAAACCGUGACAUUACGGAUGCUAGAACUGCCUCUGGCUGGAGUUUGUGUCCUGUACUAGACAUUGAUACGACUAGAUACGGCGUGAACGUGCAUGUUGAUGAUACAUUCUCUUUCUUGUAUAGUGAUCUUUAUCUUAGACAAGUAAAAGAAGCAUUAAGACACACCAUGCUUGUACAUGAAUCUGUCUUUGAAAGUCAGAUCUGUGAGCUUCAUCGUCUGUAUCGGAAGCAGAAGGAGCUGAUGAUGGAAAUGGAGGAAACUCGACAUAAUAAGGCCUUGUACUUGAAUUCUGGUUUGCCUAUCCCUAGAACACACUGGAUGAGUUCGAGCAUUUCCGCAUACCAAACUAGGAAUUUGCCUCAUGAAGAAGAAAACAUUUCUAGACUUCUUGUAGAUAACAAGGUUGAGAAGUUUGAAAAGAAGAAGGUCUUGGAUCUUGAAUUACCGGUUUUUGAGUAUAGUGAUAUGCUUGAAGAAGUCCAUGAAGCUCAAAACUUUUUGGAAGAGCAAUCUCUGCAAAGGAUGUCUCUGGAUUCGGGUAAGCAGUCGAGUAAGCUACAACUUGAUUUGAAUGAACCUGCCAAGAUUGAGGAACAUUCAGAUUAUGUGUUCAAUCAGUUUCUAAGUUCAGUUAUAUCAAAUGAAAUUGGAGAAGAGUCUGAUACAAAGAAUGAGGGAGAAAGUUUAGUAAAAGGUUCCAAUGGGAUAAAUGAAGCGCAAGGAUCUGUAAAAUGUCGAGAAGAUUACGUAAUUGACUUGAAUAUGUCUCCCCCGUCAUCCGAAGAAGAAUUAACUAUUGUUAAGAAGUUUGAAACCGAGAAACCUCAAGAGUCUUCUUCAGUUUCGCUGCAUGGAAAACACGGUUUAGAUCAGCCGCAAGGGGUUGUCCAAGAGCUACCAUGUUUAACUAGCACUUUACUUUUGGACAAGCGAUAUAAGUCAUUGAUGACAAGGUCAAGGUCAAGGAACAAGGUAAAACAUUGUCCAAGCAACAAAACCUUCAAAGGCUCAGAUCAUGACCCGCACUCGAGUGGUCAAGCCUCCUCAGAAUCUCAAAGCAAUCAAACGAGUAUGGAGAAAGGGAGUUCAAGUUCUUUGUCUGAGGCAAAAUCUGCAAAAAAGGGGACUAGUCUAGGAAACAAAAGGCAUUGUAAACCACAAAUGAAAUCCAGUAAGGGUCAAAAAGUAGUUGCGAAAAGGAGUGGAAGAGUUAAACGGAAGAGGAGCAGAAGGAUAUCUCUUGUUGCAGAGGGAAAUUAUCAACAAGUAUCUGCAGCUGAGGCUAUAGUUGAUAUUUCUAGAAAGUCUGGUCGAGAAACUGCUGCUUGUAUCACUUCCUUAAGCAAAAAUCUACUUUGGUUCGCCGACAUUUCUUCCUCGGUUGCUGAGGACAACAAAAUAGACACAUUGCAGCUGACAGAAAAGAAGCUAGAGGAGCACGAGACAAAUCUAAGGUUGAACUCUUCAGACAACAUUGCAGCAGUCUCCAGCAUUGUCCUUAAAAAGCAGAGGAGAAGCCGAGCCAGGCAAGGGAAGCGGAAAUGCCAAGAUGACCAGCACAUUGUGGACACAUUUUCAGAAUGGGAAGCUAAUGAUGAUCUGCAGGUAAUAGGAAAGCUAAUGGAAGCGUCUGACUUAAAAUGGAAUUGCUGGUUCCCUAAGAACAAGAGCAAAAGCUCUCCUCCUAAACCAGUAGAUGCUUUCACUUCCUCCGGGGAAGAAAAAACAGGCGUCGAUUGGGGAGCAUUAAGAAAGCGAAGACGAGGCUCUAGAAUUCCUGCUGCUGAUUUUAAGCAUAUGAUCAUCAACCAAGUAGUAUAGCCAAACUAAAGAGGUAAUUACAAUACUUGCUAUAGUUUGCUUCAUGUUUUUUUGGAGAAUCAAGAAUCUUACGGAAGAUGAUGAUUUUUGUAACAAGUCUUGUUCUAGAAAUGAAGACUACAUAGGAGAUGAUAUUAAACUGUUAGAAUAUCAGUUCAUCAAAAGGCAAAGAAUGUGUGUUUAAACUGGAGAUGGUACUGAAGAAGUUAUACAUAUAUAAGCACUGCAAAUGAAAGUUCAAAGUUUGUUAGACCAAAGAUUAUCAGUCUUCAACAUUACCAUGACAAUGACCAUGGCCAUUGUGUUUUUAAUUAAUGAUUCUUGACUUGGUCCAUUCAAAGGUUCAAAGCUUUACUUUUGCCUCAAAUUUAUAUGGUUUCUGAUUUCUGAGGAAAAUGUUUAUAACCAAAUUGAUGUCUUUUUA